UGAUACAAAAGGUACACACACACUCACACACACUCCCACUCAGUGAGCCUGAUCACUGCUUACCUGAAAACAACAGCCCCAAUGCUCCACCGCAGGCUCUCACCACCGGGCAGCUACCAAAUGAAACCAGGACGAGUUUAUUUCCACAAACUUUGGUUUGUUCCGAGGAGCUUUCCUGACGCCUGCAGUUCGGAGCAGCUGGACAGCCCGCGGACCUGCACAUAAGGCUGCUGGUUGAUUAGCAGAGCAUUAUCAUAAAUCCACCGGCUGGGCUGAGCACCAUGAGCAGGAAGACACGGCGCUGGAUUUUACAUUUUUUCCUGUGUCUUGGAGUACUGUAUCUGAAAAUCGGGGGUCUGUCAUCGGUGGUUGCCCUGGGAGCGAGCAUCAUCUGUAAUAAAAUCCCCGGCUUAGCCCCCCGUCAGAGGACUAUCUGUCAGAGCCGACCCGACGCGAUCAUAGUGAUCGGAGAGGGAGUUCAGAUGGGGAUCAAUGAGUGUCAGUUUCAGUUCAGACACGGACGCUGGAACUGCUCGGCCCUGGCAGAGAGGACCGUGUUCGGGAAAGAGCUCAAAGUGGGCAGUAAGGAGGCCGCGUUCACCUACGCUAUCAUUGCUGCCGGGGUCGCCCAUUCAGUGACUGCGGCCUGCACCCAGGGGACCCUGAGCGGCUGCAGCUGCGACAAGGAGAAACAGGGUUUCUACAACCAGGAGGAGGGCUGGAAGUGGGGCGGCUGCUCUGCAGACAUCCUCUACGGCCUGGGUUUCUCCAAGGAGUUUGUGGACGCGCGGGAGAUCAAGCAGAAUGCCAGGACUCUUAUGAAUUUACAUAACAAUGAAGUGGGACGAAAGGUCCUGGAGAAGGGCAUGCGUCUGGAGUGCAAGUGUCACGGUGUGUCGGGAUCCUGCACCACCAAGACGUGCUGGACGACGCUCCCCAAGUUCCGUCAGCUCGGUUUCAUGCUCAAAGACAAGUACAACCAGGCUGUGCACGUGGAGCCGGUACGAGCCAGCCGCAACAAGCGCCCCACCUUCCUAAAGAUCAAGAAACCCUACUCGUACCGGAAGCCCAUGGACACGGAGCUGGUCUACCUCGAGAGGUCACCCAACUACUGCGAGGCUGACCCUCUGACCGGCAGCAUGGGAACACAGGGUCGCCUGUGCAACAAAACGGCUCAGCAACCCAACAGCUGCGACCUGAUGUGUUGUGGUCGAGGAUAUAACACGCACCAGUACUCGCGCGUUUGGCAGUGCAACUGCAAGUUCCUGUGGUGCUGCUAUGUGAAAUGCAACACGUGCAGUGAGAGGACAGAAGUGUAUACCUGUAAAUAGAAAUAUUUAUUGGCCAGUUCCUGUGUGUGUUAUUAUACUGAUGCCAAUGGACAUCUGCCAUGACACUGGACUCGGCCUAUGUGCUCAUAGAUUCCUUUUUACAUUUUUGAAUACAAGAUGUCCUGCCCCAGGCUUGUCUUCUCUGCAGG